GAGGAAAGCAGCUCUGCUAUUGGAAAGUAUUUUCGGGCUGUGCUGGCCCUCCCAUCCGCCUCACACCAUCCAGUCAGCCAGAGGUUACACCAGCCGGACUUACGGUCGCAAAAAUGUGAUUUUGCGCAAAUACUUCAGCCGAUUAGGUGUUUGAGGUUUUGUGCGUCUGUCUACAAAAUCGCAUAGAAGGUAAAUAAGAAACGUAUGCGUCGCAGCGGUUUGUGUAUUCUCAAGGUUUCCUCUGGAGGUUGUUGGACGGGACAGCGGAGCAUCGACUGAGGUUCCCGGCGCAUCGCUCUACUCCUCAUCCCAGAGAUGCUGCCCAGCCUGCGGAGAGUGCUGCGGCCCGUUUUCUCUAUGAGAGCCGGGACCGGGCUGGCUAGAGUCGGACUCAGCAACAACCAAACAUCCGCCGUAGCAUCCCCGGGCCGGCUCGCCUCAGAGCCGCCGCUCUUCAUGCUGGUGCAGCGGUGUAACCUGGGCACGCACCCGCUGAAGGAGCCCGUGGAGCCACUCAACUCGCCCCGGGGAGCAAAGGAGUUUAUUUAUAGCCUUCAUCCGUCUGAGCGCACCUGCCUGCUGCGGGAACUGCACAGGUUCGAGUCCAUAGCCAUAGCUCAAGGGCAGCUGGAAAUUGCACCACCGACUGCAGCACAAUUAAGAUAUGUUCUGCUGCACAAUGCGCUCCCUUUUGUUGGAUUUGGAUUCCUGGACAACUGCAUCAUGAUCGUUGCGGGCACACAGAUUGAGUUAUCUAUUGGAGUGAUUCUGGGCAUUUCGACUAUGGCUGCUGCUGCCCUUGGCAACCUGGUGUCUGAUCUGGCAGGACUAGGGCUAGCAGGUUAUGUGGAGGCCCUGGCAUCUCGGCUGGGGAUGCAGAUUCCUGACCUGAGUCCAAAGCAGGCUGAUAUGUGGCAGACCAGAGUCAGCUCCCACUCGGGUAAAGCCAUUGGCGUUGGGAUCGGCUGUAUCCUCGGCAUGUUUCCUCUUCUGUUCUUCAAGGAUGACGAUGAGAAGAAAGAUGGACAGAAGGAGGCGCAGGAAAAAACACAACCACCUGCUACAACAGAGAGCAGCAAAAACUGAAACUGUCAGCUCAGCCGUGACAAAUACUAUUUGGAAUCCAUUAGAAUACUUUAAACUGGGACUGAUGGGCCUUACCUGGUGGAGUGGAGUGUAUGGAAAUGUCACCGAACCCCAUACAAUCUUAAUUACUGGGUACUUUACCUUGUGAGGCUCAAUCAAACUAUGAAAGGUAUUCUGAAGAGGAUUUUAGAUAUUAUUUGAUUGUGAACUUAAGCACAGGGACCUGGCCGUCUCUUGAAGAGACAAGAGACCGUUGAUUCAUUGGACUGCUGCUACUUCAACUAUUGCACCGUAACCUCGUCUUGUUUUGACUGACCGACACAAGCUGAAAUUCAUUUAUCUAAAACACUGCAGUGGCCUCUUUCACUCCUCUAUUCUGAGUCUGUUGAAUGGGACAAAUAUGAUCCUCUCAGCACUUAGAUAGUAAGAUGACGAGUAAGUUGAGUGAGGGUUUAAAUGCUCCCUAAAAUGACACAACUAACUUUGGAACCAGUGCAAGAAAAAAACAAUAUCAGAUCUCAUUCAGAAAAAUUCUGCAAAGUAUUUUGACAUUUAAAGGUUCUUGUUUUCUUAGUAAUUUAUCAAUUAAUAGAGGAGGACUGAACAAAGAGCCAUCAUACAGUAUAUUUGGGUUUGGUUAUGCAGUGUUAAAAACUGUGUGUGGGUGGUGAGGCUGAUGAGUCAAGAAAAGAGGGUCACAUUUGCAUAUAAGAUGCACCCUUCCACAUUAAGUACAUUAUUUUUCAGUUUAAAAAGCAUGUCUGCCUUUUGAUGAUUUCAAAGUCUUAAACUGUCUGCCUCUCCAAGCUCCGUGACAAACAGACAGCUACUAUUAGUGGAAAUACAGACGGUUAAAUAGGUAACACCUGCUAGCUGCUGCUUUGGAAUUUUUUUGUUUUUUCAUUUGUGAUGAAGCCUUUAUUAUAUGCUUUUAUGCUUUUAUUCACCCAAAGCAGUAACUUGCACAAAAUGUCUCCUGUGUAUACUGUAUGUAGAUAGGUGCAGAUCUACAAAAUAUAACCUUUUUAAAGUUUGGUACCUUCGUCAGAUGAGCUGAGCAGAAAGGAGAGAGAGAAAGACACACAGAGCGAGGAAGAGACAGAAAGUAGCUGGAACAGAAAGAUAAGAAAUACCAACGCUGAACCACCUGAGACCUCUGUCCCAUUUGCAAUGACCUGCUGGCUCCAGUAUCGUGUGAUUUAUCUCCUUCGGCUCUGCAUCAGUCAACCUGCUUCGGAACAUCUCUAGCAUGCUUGGCGACUGAAGCUUCAAAUUCACUUUCAAUUAUAGAGUAAUAGCAAAGACCAGCUUGGAAAUACUCAUAACCAUAGCUGAGUGAUUGCUUUCAGUCUACAUAUAUAUAUAUUAUAAUGUCUUUGCUCUACUGCCCUCCACUGGUUGACAGUAAGAAUUUUCUCUGUUUGCUACCACAGCCACACACUUCUCGUUUUAAUUUAUCACCUAUUUGCUUUUCCUGUUUAAUAUUCAAAACCCUCGGUGUCAAGCUUCUCUAGCUAUAAUUUAUCAAUCUACCGCUUUAUGGUUAUUGCUCUUUAUCCUUGUUCUUCCUUUGAUAUGCAAACUAGGCAAUCCCAGCAUCUGACAGCCACGAAGCAGGACGGCAGAGAGGAUAUAUUUGGGAUGAUAACACACUACCAUCCAAUCCAAGUCUUAAUUCUGCUGUCAUUGAUUUCCUAAUUUAUCUUUUGAAGAGUUCUGUUUUUUCAGCUGCUCAGCACAGGUUGCUUAUCUCAGCAGCAGAACUGAAGACUCUUGUUUAAGGCGUUUAAUCUGUUUAGAAGCAGGAAUGAAAGCAAGCAGCUGUGUAUCACUGAAUGGAAUUUCCUCUCAGAAAAUGUAUUUAUUUUUGUUAGAAUAUUCAGACUUGUAUUCAUGUAUGUUCUCACUGUAUAUUCUCCAGAUCUUAAUGGACAAUGUGUUCAACAGCAUUCUCCAACAGGAAGGACACUGCAGUUGAUUUCUCUGUGUUAUAGUGCAUAACUAAACUCUCUAGACAUGCUCUUAAAACACACUGACAAAGAAGACUUGCCCUGUAUGAGAUUGUUUUAGUAAUUUAUGAUGUGGGUAAUUGUGAUCCUAAAAAGCGGUAAAAAUGAAGAAAAUGUAUAAUGACUUGAGCAUAUUUAUGUAGUUAGGCUUUUUGAUCUGAUUGCUUGAUCUCCACUUUGCAUGCACUAAUAAUAAAAAAAAACUAUUGUACAUGUUUACUUUGCUAUAAUAUUAAUAAAAAACUCGAGUAUGUUCUAAAAUUAUGCAUUACAGCAGGAUCCGAAAACAUAGAAAACAUGAGUAACUCAGGCUGAAUUAACAUGCUAAAGAUUAGAUCUUUAUGGUCAAAAAUACAUAUAUUUUUAUGGCUGUCUUAAUAGGAAUGAAGCAAAUGAUAUCUCCCUUUGUAGACUAUAAACACCAGGAUCAUGGAGGUAGUGCAGAUGGCAACAGGGCCCUCUGCUGGGAUGUGAACUGGAACAUACAGUGCAGAGAUUUGAACCCUACAUUGAGCAGAAUGUUUUGAGAAACACAGGCUUUUAUACAGUAGUUUCCGGUAAUAGUAGCAAUUUGUCCCCUUGCAUUGUAUCAUUCAACUGACUGUCUUAGUCCUUUUAGUCAGUCGCAGUAAGAAAAUAUAAUCUCAGUGUCAAAAUAAUUUUGGAAGCUCCUAUCCUUUUCCUAAAUUGACUUUGCACUGUACCACCAAUAUGUAUUUGUAAUAUGUUGUAAGAGGGAACGCAUAAAAGAUUCAAAAGUCAGCUCAAAGUCAAUGCAUUAUCUUGAAUUGAUGUAAUUUUGUUUUUAAAAAGACAGGUGGAAGAUGACUGGAAAAGCACAUUAAAUUAUUCUUCAAGGG